GGAACUUGGAACACAUCCUACCUUGUCAUGAACUGCGAUAAUGAUGAUAAUGAAACAAGCUAAUAUCAGUAAUAGCAAAAGUGUUCCAACAACGACAAGCUGUUUGUCCAAUUCUCACAUUCAAAUUGAGUUGCUAUUUAUUGUUUUAUUUUUAUCUUGGUGGGAUGGUAUUUCAAACUUGUUGAAAAUCCUGGCAGUGUUCAUUAGUGUUACGGUUAGAUUCAACAGUGGUUAGCUGGUUAGUGAUAAAGGUGGUUCAUUGUGUAAAUAACGGGAAUAAAGUAUCUACAUCAUCAAUGUCGUUUGGUCUUAGUGCAUGCAACAAUAAUUGAAAAUGUGCUCUAGAGGAGUAACUUCACCUACAUCAUCUCCAAAUGAACUGACGGUGAAUGCUCCCAGCUUCUUGAUAGUUGAUUCGUUUGUGGACGAUGACAGGAGUAAUGUAGGAGGUAAUGAGAGUCCUUCAUUUCCUGGAAAUGAACCGUUCUCUGGGGGACAGUCCGAACUCCCAAAUGAGAUAUCGGCUCCGUACGAAGUGCCCCAAUUCCCCAUAGAACAAAUCGAAAAGAAACUUGCUAUACAGAGGCAGCUGAACACGAAGGCUUUCGAAGAUAAACGUAGUUACUAUGAAACAUCAGUAGCAGGAGCCCCAGAGGUUGAUGAUUUAGAUCAUCAUGACUUAUAUGUACCCCAUUUCCAGAGGGUAUCCAUAUCUGGAGAAGACACCAGUGGGGUCCCUCUCGAAGAUCUUGAGAAAGCGUCGAAACUGAUAAUUCAGGCAUUAGAAAUCAGAAAACGAUACAUGAAGAUGUCCUUCCAAAGUUUCCCUUCCAUAGCAGGUAGAUUCUUGGACCCAGGGAAAGAACAACAGCACCACGAUGAAAAACAGUCCAUAGAAGAUCAAGAUUAUGCAGAGUUGCUGUUGAGAACUGCGAGAACUUCAUUUGAUGAUAGAAUUUUGGGAUUGCUUACUAAAGAUAACAUCGAGACAGUGUUGUCAAGCGAGUUUAGCCCAGAACAUGGUAUUCAUCCCCCUUCCCAUGAACCGUGGGAAGCACCAGAAUGUCCAGACACGAACCAUGUUUUCCAGAACGUUGAUGGAGUUUUCAACGUGUACCUCAAUGAUAAUGAUCUCAAAAGUGGAAAACCGUGCCCGUACGAAUAUCCAGACGUAGUAAUGUUCACAACAGACUUUUAUAAUAUGUGUAACAUGAUUGCGGAUGGUCCAUUAAAAUCCUUUUGUUACCGUCGCCUCAGCUACCUGUCAUCGAAAUUCCAACUACACGUUCUCCUGAACGAACUCAGAGAGUUGGCAUCCCAAAAAGCUGUACCACAUAGAGACUUUUACAAUAUCAGAAAAGUCGAUACCCACAUUCACGCAGCAUCUUGCAUGAAUCAGAAGCAUCUGCUUAGAUUCAUCAAGAAGACUUUGAAAAAGAACGCCGAUGAGGUGGUGACUGUCACAAAGGGAGUACCGAUGACUUUGCGAGAAGUAUUCCAGUCGAUGAAUCUCACAACUUACGACUUGACUGUCGACAUGUUGGAUGUUCACGCAGACAGAAACACCUUCCAUCGAUUCGACAAGUUCAACGCAAAGUACAACCCUGUAGGAGAAAGCAGACUGAGGGAGGUAUUCUUGAAGACCGACAACUACUUGAAUGGGAAAUAUUUCGCGAACAUCAUCAAAGAAGUUGCCAGCGAUUUGGAGGAGUCCAAAUAUCAGAAUGUCGAGUUGAGAUUGAGUAUUUAUGGUAAAUCGAGAGAUGAAUGGGAUAAGCUUGCCAAAUGGGCGCUGGAUUCCAAUGUGUAUUCCGAUAAUGUUCGCUGGCUUAUUCAAGUGCCAAGGCUUUUUGAUAUAUUCAAGCUCAACAAAGUCCUGGACCAUUUCCAAGAGGUUCUCGAUAACAUAUUCCUUCCCCUAUUCGAAGUAACAGCCAAACCGACCUCCCAUCCAGAGCUACACAUCUUCCUCCAAUACGUGAUCGGAUUUGACUCGGUAGACGAUGAAAGUAAACCCGAAAAGAACCCUCUCUUCGACAAAGACACUCCGUCCCCUGAGAAAUGGAAGGACGACGAGAACCCGAACUAUGCUUACUACUUGUACUACAUGUACGCCAAUUUGGCAGUACUGAAUCAUUUCAGAAACGAAAAAGGCCUCCACACGUUUACACUUAGACCUCAUUGUGGGGAAGCUGGGCCUGUACAGCAUCUGGUAUGCGGAUAUAUGUUGUCUGAGAACAUUUCGCACGGUCUUUUGUUGAGAAAAGUACCGGUCUUACAGUACCUUUAUUACUUAGCACAGAUCGGCAUCGCUAUGAGUCCUUUGUCCAACAACAGCUUGUUCUUGAAUUACCAUAGAAAUCCUCUUCCGGAGUAUUUGGCUAGAGGGUUGGUCGUGUCUUUGUCCACGGAUGAUCCUCUGCAAUUCCACUUCACCAAAGAACCUCUGAUGGAAGAGUACAGCAUUGCUGCGCAGGUAUGGAAGCUGUCCAGCUGCGACAUGUGUGAGCUGGCUAGGAAUAGUGUCAUCAUGUCUGGUUUUCCUCACAAGUCCAAACAGUAUUGGUUGGGACCGAAUUAUACGAGAGAGGGAGUUGCUGGGAACGAUAUCGCCAGAACUAAUGUUCCUGACAUCAGGGUCGCCUACAGAUAUGAAUCCUUGAUUGACGAAUUAUCGAAUAUUUUCAAGAGUCAUCCCAAAUUUGAAUAAUCUAUUCAAUAUAUUGUUGAUGUAUAACAAAUCAAUUAAUUAAGUUUUAUUUUUUUGUAUAGUGAAACAAAAUAUAUACGAGAAUUAUUGCUAGAUAUAUUAUAUUGAUAAACUGAAAUAUAAAUCAUAUUAAUU